AUGAAUUAAACAGGAGAUUUGCAGAUUUUAAAUCAUCAGUUAAACAUCUAAAAUAACAAACUAUCUCUUUAAGUAGAAGUCUUAUCAUAAUAAAUCUAAUUACUUAUAAAAUAAAAUCAAUAAUUUUAAGCUAAGGUAGCCGAUUACUAAAACUUAAAAGCUGAAAAUAUCACCUUAAAAAAGGAUAUUAUGAAUUUAUAAGAAAAAAUUUAAGAAAAAGAAUCUGAGUAAUUACUAGUUCAAGAAAGUUUAUUCAAUCAACAUAUCGAAGAAAUGUAAAAAAGACAUAAAAAACAAAUAUAAGACUUAAAAACUAUAUAUGAGGAUAAAAUUAUAUCCUUAUAGAGAGAGUGGUCAUCCAUGUAAGAUUAGACUGUAUAAAUGGGAGUAUCAAAUUAAGCAUCAAAAACGCUGGAAUAGUAGGCUGCUAAAAUAAUAUAAAUAAGCCAGAGAUUAGAGUAAUUAUGUGUAAUUAAUUUAGAAAAACUUUGUCCGAUCUUCCAACUCAAAGUCCUAGUCAUGGACAUAUUGGAAUAUCUAAAGAAAUGUAUGAUUCGAUGCUGGAAUAAUUAAAAAGCAAAUCCACAAAAAAUAUUAUCCUAGAAAAAAUACCAGAUUAACAGAAUUUGUAAAUUUCCCAAUUAUAAUUUAGUUCUUUACGAUACAAAAAGACAUCCAUCACCAAUAUCAAAAAGGAGCCUAAAUUUGGUAUCAAAAGAAAUAUUCAUUACAGUAAACCUUAUGAGUCUCCACAAACUUAAAAUUCUCAAAUUGCUCUAACCAUAAGUACAUUAACCAAGAGAUCUUGA